AUGGAUGCUCUACGCCAACCUAAUCUCGAUCUUAGUAAUUCUUCACCCCUUUCAUCAAUUUACACCAAAACCCCUCAAACACCAACCUCUUCAACUUUUCCCUAUAAGUACCGAUUAUCUUCUUCCAGUUUCAAUGGUUACCAUAGCAAGUGUAAAGUACCAACACCACCUCAAGCUUUACCCAAGGAAAAUUCGAAUGAAUCAGUUGAAUCCAAUAAGAAAUUGAUUGAUUCAAUCGCUAAAGGUUUGAUCAGGCUCGCUGCUGCAGUCUCUGUGAAUGCUGUGCAGCGAACUCUCGUAGAGACUUGGGGUUUGAUCAGAGAGACUUUUGUUGAUCCAACUUUUAAUCAUCAAGACUGGGACUCGAAAUUCCAGCAAACAAUGGUGGAAAUGCAUCCACUUAGAACAGUUGAUGCCGCAUACAGCAAGAUUAAAGGAAUGCUUUUUACUCUUGAAGAUCGCUUCACUCGCAUUAUCAGUCCAAAGGAAAACCAAAGUUUUAGAAUUGGAAGUGAUGGAAACGUACAAGGAGUUGGACUAUUUUUGAAUACUGAAUCAGAAACCGGGCAUCUGGUUUUAUUGUCCUAUGUUGAGGGUAGCCCAGCUGCUAAAGCUGGAAUACAUGUAGGAGAUGAGUUGAUUGAAAUAAAUGGAGAGAGAGUUAAAGGGAUUAGUGGUGAAGCUGCUGCACAAAAGCUUAAAGGUUAUGUUGGGACAAGUGUUACAGUCAAAGUGCACAAUGGUGGUUUGGUGAAGGCUGGACUUGAUGUUGCUCAAAUAUGCCUGGAUGGAGAUGAGACUCUAGUGAACACAAUAGAUAGAGAUGGGAACAUGCUUCCUGUUAACAUGAUCAAUGGCCAUGCUGUUACUCAUGAUCCGCUAGUUGUUCUUUUUUUUGACAUGAAAAUCUAUAUAUUCACCUUCUGUUACAUCUUUUGCUAG